GAUUAAAUUUUGUGAACAUAGCGGAGGACUUCCAGAGGCCGAGUCAGAGGUCGUGGUCAGGGUAGGGGUCAGGAGCGUGGAUAUUCUCGAGGGACCAAUUCUAAACCAUUUACUGGCACUAGCACUGGCAAUGGACACCAAAACCAGUUUCCUAAGGCUGUCACUAGGGGGAGAGGGCCCAGAAGGUAUGAGGUUGCAUCGAAAAAUGGCAAUCAAGCACCUUCUGUGCAAACCAAACAGCCCCAAAAUUCUUUUGUGAAAGUGUCGCAUGCCAAUUCAGGGCGUCCACCAACAGAAACAGCUAGCUUAGAGACUGAAGCCAUCCAAGCCAAAAGAAAUGUAUUAGCUUCAAGUUUAAAUUCAGCUUCUCCUCCAUUUUAUCCUUCAGGAUCCUCCAAUAACUUGGCACAAAAGGAUUUACAAACUGGCAUUGGUGGACUGCACAUUAAUCAAAACCCUACGCCAUCUGGAAAGAAGUUUGGGAAUACAAAAUCCAGCUCUUCGUGGGUACGCACUGCUCAACCUUCUCAGACUACAAGUCAUGGUAGAGAUGCACCUCCUCCUGGGAAAAUGCUUUACCAGCAAUCUCCUAAUCAAGGUGACAAAGUUUCUUCGCUGAUGCACAUCCAGGGAAUGCCAAAAGGCACUGACCAAAGCUGUACUCAACCUCCUGGUCAGGCUUUUGAUCAACAUUCUGCUGUUAACAGUUUGCUGCCUUCUUCUCCACCGAAAACCGGCUCAUCAAAAAACCAGUAUAUUUCUGGUGGAAUAGAGUCAGCCGCAGAAACAGGUGCUUUGGUUGCCAAGGAAAAAGGGUCACUCCAGCCUAGUGGAAGAGGAUCUUUUAUGUAUGGAGGGACACAGUUUAUGGGGACUGUCGGGAGCAUGGCAGCUGGUCAUGGCAAUUCAAAUUUUCCUGCAUUUCUGCCUGUUAUGCAAUUUGGUGGUCAGCACGGUGGGGUUCCUACCUUUGGAAUGGCUCUUCCAGGAUAUGUCCAACCAGAACAUGGUACCGGAAAUCCUGAGAUGACAUGGCUGCCAAUUUUGCCUGGCCCCGGAGCACUAGGAGGUUCGUAUUGUCCACCUUAUGCUGCCAUUGAUGGUUCUUACCAAGCACACAAACCGAUGUUACCUUCCUCUGCGGGAUCCUCCAGCCAAGAGAACAGUUCUAAUAGCCCUAAUGAUGAAGAACCCAUGGAGAGACCUGGUAAGUUGUUUCCUUGCCAAUUUGGGACCAGUGCUUUGACAGCAGAUGUUUGCGGUAUAUUGUUU